CACGCAGGCAGGCACGCGCGCGCGGGCGGAAGCAAGCGAAGCACAUCCCCAUCCAAUCUCCUCCUGCCGAGAAAGAAAGAAAUUUCCACCAAACACGCACGCACAGCCGCGAAUCCGCGCCUCAUUAUUCUCACACAUUAACAACAGCAGCUAUAGAGCAGCAAGUAAUAAAGGUCGGACGCAUCGAAAAGGGUUUUUAUUUAGCUAUGGAACAAGAGCACCCAGCAGCGAUCCAAAUCCAUCCAGUCAAGCGCCCUCCCCUCUUGCCUGUUGCUACUCUUCUGCCCCAAUCCUCGCCUCCUCGUCUUCGUCUUCGUCUUCGUCCCCACUUUCCGCUUCCGCAACCGCCACGCAGCCGCAGCCGCUCCGCUCCUCCCGCGGGAUCGUGCCGCGGAUCGAGCCGCGCGUCGUCGGGCGGGUCCGGAUUUCCGUCUUCGGCGACCGCGGGAUUUGACGAGGAGUAUUAGGUUUCUGGCGAAUCUAGGUUUUCCGUAGAUCGGCGGAUCGAAACCGACAUGGAUUCCUCCGGCGACGGAGGGGACGAGGGAGCCGGGCCGGCGGCGGGGAGCCCUGCCCCGGCGUCGUCGGCGCCGCCCGCGGCGGGGGCUGCCACCGGUGGGGCCUCUGGAUCCAGCGGGAAGUUGCCGGCGAAGCGCGUGAUGAAGACGCCCUACCAGUUGGACGUCCUCGAGAGGACGUACGCAGAGGACCCGUACCCGAACGAGACGAUGCGGGUGGAGCUGUCCGUGAGGCUGGGGCUGACGGACAGGCAGCUGCAGAUGUGGUUCUGCCACCGGCGGCUUAAGGACCGGAAGCUGCCGGGGAAGAGGCAGCAGCAGCAGGAGGAGGAAGAGGUUGCCGUGCCGGUCAUGGCGCCCCCGCCCGUGCUGCAGCAGGCGCUGCCGCACGGCGAGCUGACGCUGGGUUCUGCUAGUUCGUACGGUCAACAGCUGCUGCCCUCCUCCCGGAGAGGACCUGGCCGCUCGUCUGCUGUGCCAAGGAUUUCCGCCCCGGAGGUUGGGAGGAGGUACUAUGAGCCACAGCAACUUAUGCUGUCUCCUGUGGCACCGGUGCAGAUCACGCGAGCCGCACAGCAGGUGGUCGAUACUGUGGAGCAUCUCAUAGGGGAGCCGCUGAGGGAGGAUGGGCCAAUGCUUGGUCUGACCUUCGACCCACCUCCUCCUGGUGCAUUUGGAGCGCCUAUUGUUCAAGAGCAGCCGAAGCAGACUUUUCGAUCACGUGAGACCAACAUGUUUUCUGGGCAUGAUCCCAAGCUCAUGAAGGCAUCAACGUUCUUACCUAACAUAGACCCUUCUGUUCCAAGUAUAGUUACUGGGAAGCGGAAGUACAUGGCUGCAAAUUCUUCUCAACUUGGCUCACGAGCAGUACAUGAAUACCAGUUUCUUCCGGAGCAGCCAAGUGAAAUAUAUGAGAGGACAAGCCAGUCACGCUUCUAUGAUGUUUCACCGGAAGCUUCAAAUUCAAGGAUAUCUUCUCUGUCUGCAGGAUCACGCUUACUCCAUGGUUCAGAGCAAGUACCGAGCUAUGCCUAUCAUGGUCAAAUUUCUGGUUCUAGCCAUUUAAAUCAACAUGGAAAACCAUUCAUUUCCCAGUCCGGAUCCACAGAUUAUGAGAUGGCUUCAUCUAAUAUUAAUGUUAGUUCUGCUCCAAUCGAAGGCCAGUUUGGCAUUCCUCAAGUUGCUGGAUUUGAAAACCCCCCUGCAUCCUCUGAAGGAGUGGAUUAUCACGAUGAAGAUGCAUAUCGACUGGAUAGAAAGCGGAAAUAUACCGAGGAAUCAAAGAUUGCGAAGGAAGUUGAGACUCAUGAAAAACGAAUUAGAAAGGAACUCGAGAAACAAGAUGUAUUGAAGAGAAAGAGAGAAGAACAAAUGCGGAAGGAGGUGGAGAGACUUGACCGUGAAAGAAAGAAAGAAGAGGAGAAGUUUAUGCGUGAAAAGCAGAGAGAAGAAGAGAGACUCCAAAAGGAAAAAUGCCGUGAAAACAAGCGCAUGGAGAAGUUUUUGGUGAAAGAAUCCAUGAGAGCUGAAAAACUACGACAAAAAGAGGAGCUUCGAAAGGAGAAAGAAGCUGCAAGACAAAAGGUUGCUAAUGAAAAGGCUACAGCACGCAGAAUUGCACGGGAGUACAUGGAACUGAUGGAAGAUGAGCGCCUAGAACUGAUGGAACUGGUUUCACGAAGCAAAGGGUUGCCCUCGAUGCUUUCUCUUGAUAGUGACACAUUGCAGCAACUUGAUUCAUUUAGAGGAAUGCUGACACAGUUUCCUACUGAAGCUGUGAUAUUGAAGGUGCCAUUUUCAGUAAAACCGUGGACAAGUUCUGAGAGUAACAUUGGAAACCUUUUGAUGGUGUGGAAGUUUUUCUUUACCUUUGCGGAUGUUCUCGAGCUUCCAUCAUUCACACUUGACGAGUUUGUCCAAUCUCUUCAUGAUUAUGAUUCAAGGUUGUUGGGGGAAUUACAUGUUGGUUUGCUAAAAUGCAUCAUAAAAGAUAUUGAGGAUGUUGCCCGAACUUCUUCAGUUGUUUCAGGGGUGAAUCAGAGCAGUUCAGUUAAUCCUGGAGGUGGACAUCCACAAAUUGUUGAAGGGGCAUAUGCUUGGGGGUUCAACAUACUCAUCUGGCAGCGACACUUGACUUGUCUUACGUGGCCUGAAAUAUUGCGCCAAUUUGGUUUAUCUGCUGGUUUUGGGCCUCAGUUGAAGAAAAGGAAUGCUGAAGCUGCAUACCAUGACGAUAAUGAGGGCCAUAACAGUGAGGAUGUUAUUUCCACUCUGCGAAAUGGUUCAGCAGCUGUGAAGUCUGCUGCUUUGAUGAAAGAAAGAGGCUACACUAAUCGUCGCAAGUCUAGGCACCGUCUGACACCUGGAACGGUAAAAUUCGCUGCUUUCCAUGUACUAUCACUUGAAGGGAGUGAAGGUCUCUCGAUACUGGAAGUUGCUGAAAAAAUUCAGAAUUCUGGACUGAGAGAUCUUACAACAAGCAAGACACCCGAGGCAUCCAUAUCUGCUGCAUUGUCAAGGGAUACCAAGCUUUUUGAAAGAACUGCACCCUGCACAUAUUGUGUUAAAACUCCUUAUAGAAAAGACCCAGCUGAUUCUGAGUCUGUGUUCUCAGCAGCACGGGAAAAAAUAAGGGUGUUUCAGAAUGCAAUUUUGGAGUGUGAAGAAGUAGAGAAGGAUGUGGAUGAUGCUGAAAGGGGGGAUGAUGAUUCGGAAUGUGAUGAGGCCGAUGAUGAUCCUGAUGGCGAUGAAGUGAAUAUAGAGGAAAAAGAUGUCAAUGCUUCAUUAGUUAGGUCGAAAGAUGAUGGCAUACCAACUGCGGCUGGUGACAUAAAUGAUGAAGUAAAGAGUGUGGUUAACACAUCAAUGCCACCAAGCCCUCACAGUAAAUCUCCAAGUGAUUCAUUGCUUGCGCUAGACAAGUCCACUGCAGUGAGUACUUCAAGCGAUCCACCUAUUGGGGUUUCACAAGACACAGAGAUUGACGAAAGUAACCAAGGGGAAUCCUGGGUUCAGGGGCUAUCUGAAGGCGACUACUCUGAUCUUAGUGUCGAGGAACGCCUCAAUGCAUUGGUUGCAUUGAUUGGUGUUGCCACUGAAGGAAAUUCCAUGCGCGCAGUCCUGGAGGAACGUCUUGAGGCAGCAAAUGCUUUGAAGAAACAAAUGUGGGCAGAGUCACAACUCGAUAAAAGGCGUUCAAGGGAAGAAUUUGCUGGCAGAAUGCAACAUUACUCUUGCACCAGUUUGAAGGCUGAUGCUGAUCAAGAAAAUAAUAUUGGUGAAUGUACUCUUAAUCCGGUACAUAACCUCAUCAAAGAGAAUGGUGGAGAGGCCAGCUCAGUAAACAAUGAUUCGCUCGUAGACCAGCAAAGUCAGCUUAAUGCUGGUAAUAUGGUUCAUGAGGGAAAUGGUGUAAGCAGGGAAUCCAAUACCAACCCAGAGAGCUUGUCUGUUCAGCAAUAUGCUUCAUCUGAGAAAACACGAUCUCAGUUGAAAUUAUUCAUAGGUCACAAGGCAGAACAGCUUUAUGUCUACAGAUCAUUACCCCUAGGACAAGAUCGGAGACGGAAUCGGUAUUGGCAGUUUUCUACUUCUCUAUCACCCAAUGACCCUGGGUCUGGAAGGAUAUUUUUUGAAUCUGUAGAUGGAUACUGGAGGCUCAUCGACUCGGCUGAGGCAUUUGAUGCUUUAGUAGCCUCCCUUGAUACUCGUGGCAUCCGGGAGUCACAUCUGCAUUCAAUGUUGCAAAGCAUUGAGGCAACUUUUAAGGAUGCUAUAGAGAGGAAAAAGUGUGCUACUAUAGAACAGCCAGCUGGAAGGAUUUUGAGAAAUGGAAGUAGUGAACUCAUAAGCCCAAAUCAUAGUAAUGAAUUUGGAAGUCCAUGCAGCACCCUUUCAGGUGUGGUGUCUGAUCCUGCGAUGGCAUGCUCGGGUUCUUUCAAGAUAGAGCUUGGGCGUAAUGAUCUGGAGAAGGUUGCUAUUUCAAAAAGGGCAUGCAUGUUUCUGAAGUGGAUGUGGAGGGAGUGCAACAAUCAUCAAUCUAUGCGUGCCAUGAAAUAUGGAAAGAAACGGUGCUCCGAGUUGAUACAUUGUUGUGAUUAUUGUUACCAGAUUUAUUUAACUGAAGAAAAGCAUUGUUCUUCUUGCCACAAGACGCUCAAAUCCAUUCACAAUUUCUCUGAACACACAUCACAGUGUGAGGAAAAACGGAGAACAGAUGCUAAUUGGAAGAUACAAAUUUCAGAUGAUUCUGUUCCCAUAAGACUGAGAUUGCUGAAGCUUCUUUUAGCUACCUUUGAGGCCUCAGUUCCAGCAGAAGCUCUACAACUAUUUUGGACGGAUGGAUAUCGAAAAUCAUGGGGUGUAAAGUUGCUUUCUACAUCAUCUAUCGAGGAAGUCUUCCAGAUGCUAACUGUGCUGGAAGGUGCACUAAGAAGGGAUUACUUGUCAUCUAAUUUCGAGACAACAGCUGAGUUGCUUAAAUCAAAUAUUCCAGAUUUUGCUGAUCAGAAUUUUAUUGCACGUUCUGAAUCUGUGGAUGUACUUCCAUGGGUACCCGAUACUGCUGCUGCUGUAACAUUACGGUUGUUGGACCUUGAUUCUGCCCUCUCAUACACGCUUGAACAAAAGGCAGGAUUAAAUAAAGAGCGUGAAGCUGGGGAUUUUAUUAAGUUUCCAUCAAGAUAUACCGCUGUUAAGAACAAACAAGAAGUGGAACUGGUUGGAGCUACUGGUUUUGAUCACCAUGAUGGAGCACGGCUGACUUCCAGCAAUGGCCGUGGACGAGGAGGUCGAGGGCGUGGCAGGGGAGGAGGCCGAGGGCGUGGCAGGGGAGGUAGAUCCCUCAGUCGUGGUGGCAAACUCCCAAGAGAUUCUAGCAACUCUCCCAAGGUUGAGUUCAGGGAUGACAACGACAAAGCCCCAUAUAAGCAAGUUGGUCGAGGGAGAGGGCGUGGGCGUGGCCGUGGUCGUGGACGUGGACGGGGACGAGGACCUCGUACUGUUAGGCCUAGGCAGCCAGCUGAGCUUGGAGCCCGAUCAGUUCCAAAGGCAAACUUAUUGGGGUCCUUUGGCAUGCUAAGUACUUCAAAGCCUACCACCGUGCAUUCUCCACAGAGCUCCGGUGCAGAAGAGUGGGGCUUGGAGAGACGGGCAAAUGCGGAGGUUGAUGAGAACAAUUCUGUAUCUCAAUCUGAUGAAUCGGAAGGGAAUGAAGAAUAUGAUCAGCCCAUGCAUGAGGACUCUGACGAGCAGCUUCCAGAUUAUUCAAGGGACAAUUCUGCAUCCAGUCCCCUUCAGAUGAUGGAUGACGAGUCUGAAGAUAAUGGUGAAGACGAUGAAGAUAAUGGUGAAGACGACGAAGAGGGUGAGGACGGGGUUGACUAUGAUGCGGAACACCCUGUUGACGAAGGUAAUGAUGACACUGAGAUGAGUGGGGAUGAGGAACUGGACGAUGACGACGAGGAUGAUGAUGAUGGUGGUGGUCAGGGUGGAGUCGGCAACAUAAAUGACGAUGAAGAUGGCUCAUCCUAUUCUUCUGAGUAUAGUGAAUAAGAGGUGCCUAACAAGUACCGAGUCCCGGGCUCCAGGCUGUGUGUAAUGAUGUACUGGUCUACAGUUUUGCCUUCGGUCUAAGGCAAAUUCUGAGCGAAGGAACUAUUUAAGAGGCAUCAAGUGAUGAGAUAGGUUACAUUAGACUGUUGGCGCGCAAAUUUGCUUGCUCCCAUGAACUCUGUACAUCCGUAUGUUAGCUGUUUACAGCUUAGAUGUUCCCGUGUAUAUAAAAGUUGAUCGCCCGCAGGAUAUGAGCAUGUUUCGUUUCUUGUAGAUGCGCUCCUUGUCAUUCUUCGGAAGGAACGUGAGAAGUUAGAAAUGUUCUGAUUGCAUAUCAAUUUAUACAGUGACAUAGUUUACUUUUGAAAGUUUUACAA